AUGGAGGCGGGUGGAAAUAAUUUUGACUCCGGUCAACAGCCACAGGAGCAAGAGUUGGCGACAAAAAUGCUACAGAUACAGUCAAAGAGGUUUUAUCUCGACGUGAAACAGAAUCGACGCGGACGGUUCAUCAAAGUAGCAGAGAUCGGCGCAGAUGGACGCCGCAGUCAGAUCUUCCUGGCGAUGUCGACGGCGGCGGAGUUCCGCGACCAUUUGUCGAGCUUCAGCGACUUCUACUCGUCGCUCGGCCCGCCCAACCCCGACAACGUGCCCGACGACGGCAAGCUCAAGUCUGAGAUGAUGCUCAAGCGUGGGCCGUUGCAGGACAACCGGCGGUACUACCUGGACCUGAAGGAGAACUCGCGCGGGCGCUUCCUGCGCGUGUCGCAGACGGUGACGCGCGGCGGCCCGCGCUCGCAGGUGGCGCUGCCGGCGCAGGGCAUGAUCGAGUUCCGCGACGCGCUCACCGACCUGCUCGACGACUUCGGCACCGACGACGGCGGGUUCAAGGGCGAGCUGCCGGAGGGGCGCCACCUGCGCGUCGACAACAAGAACUUCUACUUCGACAUCGGCCAGAACAACCGCGGCAUCUACAUGAAAGUCAGCGAGGUGGUACCCUCGUUGCAAGUGAAGAGCAACUUCCGCACCGCCAUCACCGUGCCCGAGAAGUGCUGGACGCGCUUCCGCGACAUCCUCGCCGACUACUGCGACAAGAUGACGCGCGCGCACGCCGACGCGCACGACCACCACCAGGGCGGCAGCGGCGGCGGCGCGGCGCAGCCCGCCAGGGACGUGGAAUCAUUCGCGGGAAGCGCGCCGCCCCGGAUU